GCUUUGUUUUUGUCACUUGCGAUUCGCAACAAUCUGCAUGCUCGAUGGAAAUGUGAAAAAGGAGCCCGGGAGUGCCACUCGAGGAUGGCUCGAUGGCCAUUGCUGCUGAAACUCUGCGUACAAGUCAAGCGCUCGACGACGAAUCGCAAAGCCCAACCAUCAAUUCCCACCAUUCCCACCCCCCUCCCGGCACACAUCUCCACUCGCCAUUGCCAGCCCACCACCACCACCACCACCUCUCUCUCUCUCUCUCUCUCUCUCUUCUCCCUGUCUUUCAUACAUGAACGUGUUCGCGCUUGUUGCUCCCAUAGUCCCAUGUCCAUUUGAUAAAUACAUUUGAUUUGGCCGAGCUGUCUGAAAUCUGCCACCACCACCACACCACACCACACCACCCUCCUCUCCUCCCACGCCCCAGUUUCCUCCACCCGAGUGGCGACGCCGCGCUACCCGCCACGGCCACCCUCAACCACCACCUGCUCUCUCUCUCCCCUCUCCCCCUCCUCCUUCCCCUUUUCUUUCCUUUCUUUUUUCCUCGGUCUCUGCGUGGUCGGAACCAUCCAAAAGCCAUAGCUUCGACCUGCUUCCUCGUUAUCUUAAUCCUCCCCCCCUAAUCAAAUCCCCCCGCAACAAAAAGGGUCCUUGAAGGCCGUGUUGGGUCUCUUGCGAAAUCGAGAGAUCGAGCGAGAGGGAGGGAGAAAAGAGGGUAGUAGAAUCCCAACGCUGUGUUUUAAGUAUUUGGUUUUUACCUUUUCGUCGAGCACUUGGCGUGCAUUCCUUGGUCUUCGCCUCUCCUCUCCCCAAUAUAUUUACACCCGCCACGAGCCCUCCUCCCCUCUGUUCCCCCCCCCUCAUUUGGCCGCCCUCGCCCCUUCGUUUCUCUCCCUGUUAUGAAGAAUUGGUGCUCAUGGCUGCUUGCGCUUUGCUGAGCGGUGGCGACAAUGGCGGCAGCAACAACGACGACAGCAGCGGCCGCCGCGAGAGCCCGAGCUUCAUGAGCUCCUCCAACGUCGGCGGCGCCGGCGACCACCUCCUCGGCACCCUCCACCACCACCACCACCGCCGUCACCAGCAGCAGCAGCAACCGACGCACGAAGAGCAGCGCCGCCUCCUGGAGAGCGGUAACAGGAUGGUGAGGAAGAGGAUGGCUUCGGAGCUCGAGGUGCAGGCGCCCCCCGCCGCCGCCGAUUACCUCAGGCUCUCCCGGCGAAACACCGCCUCCGCCUCGGCCGCCGCCGCCGCCGCCGUCGCCAACGCUUCGCUGAUGAGCAACCCUCUAUCGGACGCGCACUGCUUCGUGCCCUCGAGAGAUAUUAUCAUCCCCAACCACUCCACUAUGACCAUGCUACCUUCUUCCACGAACUUGACCGUGACGUCAGUCGGGCCAGGGUUUUUAUCCCCCACUCCAUGCACCAGCAUCGCGACGAGGACGACGACGACCACCACCUCGCCUUACGCUGCCGAGGCCGCCCUCCCGCCCCUCCUCCCGUCUCAGCCCCAGCCCCAGCUCCAAACCCCCGCGCUCUGCGUCUUCUCCGGCCUCCCGCUGUUCCCGCCGGAGAAACCCCGCUCCGCCGCCGGUUUCGCGCCGCCUCCUCCGACGGCGAUAAACCCUAGCGUCGGCGCCGGGGGCAUUCCCAUGGAGGACAGCUCAGCGAUGGCGUGGGUCGACGGUAUCAUCAAGGAUCUCAUCCAGAACUCCACGUCCGUGUCGAUCCCUCAGCUCAUCCAUAACGUGAGGGAGAUCAUCUACCCUUGCAACCCUAACCUCGCCGCCGUUCUCGAGUACCGGCUACGCUCGCUCAUGAAGGAGCCGGUUCCGACGGUGGAUUUGCAGUUACAGAGGCAGUAUAAUAACCAGCAUUUCUCUCUCCCCGAUUCGAUGAUCCAUCAGAGUCAGUACUUGAACUAUGGCCUCGCAUCGCUGCCGGCGGCCGUCGGCCAAGAGAGCAGCCGCCGCUUGCAGGAGCACGAGGCGAGCGCUUCGUCGGCGGGGGCUCCGGUUCUGACGUUGAACCAGGUGCAGCAGCAGCAGCAGCCGCCGCCUAAUAAUCCGCCGCAGCUUCAGCCGCCGGAGCCGCUGCAACAACCGCCACCUCAGCAGCAGCAGCAGCAGCAGCGCAGCGAGGCGGAGAACGAGAAAUCGUCCACCUCCGGGGAGACGGCGCCGACUCCGACGGCCACGGCCGCCUCCGCCGCCACGGCCCUGGCCCUGGCGAGGGAGAGGAAGGAGGAGAUGCGGAACCAGAAGAAGGACGAGGAAGGCCUGCACCUGCUGACCCUGCUCCUCCAGUGCGCGGAGGCCGUGUCCGCGGACAACCUCGAGGAGGCCAACCGGAUGCUGCUGGAGAUCUCCGAGCUCUCAACGCCGUACGGCACCUCGGCGCAGCGCGUCGCGGCCUACUUCUCGGAGGCGAUCUCGGCCCGGCUCGUGAACUCCUGCCUGGGGAUCUACACAACGCUGCCCUCCGUGCCGCACAGCCACAAGAUCUCCUCCGCCUUCCAGGUCUUCAAUGGGAUCAGCCCGUUCGUCAAGUUCUCCCACUUCACGGCGAACCAGGCGAUCCAGGAGGCGUUCGAGCGCGAGGAGAGGGUCCACAUCAUCGACCUCGACAUCAUGCAGGGCCUGCAGUGGCCGGGGCUGUUCCACAUACUCGCGUCGCGGCCCGGCGGCCCGCCGCACGUCCGGCUCACGGGGCUGGGCACCUCCGUGGAGGCCCUGGAGGCCACGGGGAAGCGGCUGGCCGACUUCGCCGACAAGCUGGGAUUGCCGUUCGAGUUCAUCCCGGUGGCGGAGAAGGUCGGGAACUUGGACCCGGAGAGGCUGAACGUGAGCAAGAGGGAGGCCGUGGCGGUUCACAUGUUGCAGCACUCGCUCUACGACGUCACGGGUUCUGAUGCCAACACGCUUUGGCUUUUGCAGAGAUUGGCCCCGAAGGUGGUCACGGUGGUGGAGCAGGACCUGAGCCACGCGGGGUCGUUCCUCGGUCGCUUCGUGGAGGCGAUCCACUACUACUCGGCGCUGUUCGACUCGCUGGGGGCGAGCUAUGGGGAGGAGAGCGAGGAGAGGAACGUGGUCGAGCAGCAGCUGCUCUCCAGAGAGAUCCGGAACGUGCUCGCGUUCGGCGGACUGUCGAGGAGCGGGGAGGCCAAGUUCACCAGCUGGAGGGAGAAGCUGCAGCAAGCCGGGUUCAGGGGUGUCUCCCUCGCCGGGAACGCCGCGACGCAGGCCACGCUGCUCCUCGGGAUGUUCUCCUGCGAUGGGUACACGCUGGUGGAGGACAACGGGGCUCUCAGGCUCGGGUGGAAGGACCUGUGCUUGCUCACCGCGUCCGCAUGGAGCCCGCUGAAUCUGCAUGCAGCCUCGGCCGGGCUCAUUCGCCAUUUCUCUCACUAGGCCAGAGACUUCGCUCGGGGCAAACCACGUCGGCGGCAUGGAUGUCGACCAUGAUUACGAGGACUUUCUUCUGGUGGUGAUGUGGGAAACUGAACUAUCAUGGGUUUAGUGAGGAUUUUCUAGUUGCUGGGACUAUGGUUGAGAAUGUGAUUUAGGUGAGCCGGGUGAUAUCAUGUGCUAGGAAAAUGGGUUGCACCAAUACGAGUCCUCUCCUUUUGGCCUUAUAAAGAUUUUCUACAUGCUUGUUACAUUUUCUGUCUCCAUCGCCUUAAAUUUCUUGUCUAGUGAGAAAACUGAGAUAAUAGUCCAUUGUUAAACUUUAGGACAUUGUCAAAGAGUUUUGUGACCGGACAUUUCUUUUGAAGUUUUAUUUAUGAGAAAAA